AACACACACACAGAGAAGAGGACCAGAAGCCUAUUACUUACUAAGUUACUAGUCUCGAAAUCUCGUUUCUCGGGCCAUCCGUAAUCACGAAUAUCAAGACAGUUUUCUUUUUUCCCUUUUUUAUUUUUUUCUCAAUUAUUUUCCUUUUCUUUUUUGAUAAAAUAAAAUUCCAAGUUUAGAUCCUUCUUCUUCCAUUAAUUACACCUUCUAUCUCCGUUUUUAAUUUAAUGGUCAGUCCUUUCUUUUAUUUGCUCAAAGGGAAAGAAAGAGAGGAAGAGAGUGUUGUCUCUGUUACAUUUCAUUUCCCAUCCAUUCAAUUUCAUUGAAACAAGCCGGACCCAUGUAUUGUGAAGGAUGGAAUAAUUUAUAACACAUUGCCUAGGGCUUAGAAAGAUGAUUUCUUGAUGUGGGGUUUCAUGGGGUGAACUCAAGGUAUCAAUGGGUAGUUUCAGUGAUGAUGAUGAAGAAGGAGAAUGUCAAUUUUUCGAUGCCCCUGAUAGCAUUUCCCAGAUAUCUGAUAUCUGCACCCGGAUUCCCAAAUCUACUGACGAUGAUGCCAGCUACCAGUACGAUAUGUGGGUUAGAACUCCCAGAAGUGUUGGAGAGCGGCGUAGGAAAUUCCUUAGUCGGAUGGGCUUAAGUGUAGAUGGAAUGUCUGGAGAAGAUCCAGUAGAUUCAUGCGGAAGCUCCGAAUUUGAUUUCUCUACUGGAGAGAUUGAAAGAAUAAUGGAGAGUAGUGGAGCCGUUUUACGGACUUCAAUUUUUAAGGACGAAUUAUCAUCUUACCAGUCUGGAUCGUGUGGGGAAGCUUUGGGUUCAUCUAAAAAUUUGGGUUCAAAUGGGAACUACUUAUGUAGAAGUGGGAAUGUUUAUAGUGGAGUAGGAUGCAGUGUACAUGUUGAGGCAGAGAAUGGCCAGCAAAGUAAUAACAGAGCUGUCAGAUUGGAACGACUGCUAAUGUCUCGCGAGCCUGAGAACUCUCCAUGUAUGUCCCCCGUGAUCGGGAAACUUGGACACGGAGAACUGCAUAAAAAUGGAGGCUCUCCGAGGAAACUGAAUGGAGUUAAGAGUCGGUUAUUGAGUAGGCUACGGUCAUUUACAUGCGUCGCAAAUGGCGAAGGGAGAUGUCAUGAUUCGACGGACAACAGUUCCGACCUUGUUCAGAGGUCUAGAGCUCAGAGGGUUAAGGUUCGCCAUUGUAGGAAGCAGCUAAAGGAACUCUCUGCUCUUUUCAUGGGGCAGGAUAUCCAGGCUCACGAGGGUUCAAUUUUAACUAUGAAAUUCAGUUUUGAUGGGCAGUACCUAGCUAGUGCUGGUGAAGAUAAGAUUGUGCGGGUGUGGAAAGUGGUUGAAGAUGAGAGAUCCAAUGAAAUUGAUAUUCCAGAGUUAGAUCCUUCGUGUAUGUAUUUCACAGUGAAUCAUCUUUCUCAACUGGCUCCUCUGGCGACAGAGAAAGACAGAAUUAAUAAGUUGAAGGGCCUUAAGAAAACAACAGACUCGGCCUGUGUCAUUUUCCCCCCAAAGGUCUUCCGAAUUCUGGAAAAACCACUGCAUGUGUUCCAAGGGCAUACUGGGGAGAUAUUGGAUCUUUCAUGGUCAAAGAAUAAUCAGUGUUUGCUCUCAUCAUCAAUUGACAAAACUGUUCGUCUGUGGCAAGUUGGACAUGAUCUGUGCCUCAGAGUUUUUUCACAUAGUAAUUACGUGACUUGCAUACAGUUUAACCCCCUGAAUGAUGAAUACUUCGUCAGUGGAUCAAUAGACGGGAAAGUUCGAAUUUGGGCCGUUAACAGCUGUCAAGUAUUGGAUUGGACUGAUAUCAGAGACAUAGUGACUGCUGUUUCCUAUCGUCCUGAUGGAAAGGGUGGGAUUAUUGGCUCUAUGGCAGGCACUUGCCGUUUUUUCAAUGUAGAAGGUCAUGAGAUCCACUUAGAGGAGCAGAUGUUCUUGGCCAAUAAAAAGAAGUCAGUUUGCAAAAGGAUUACUGGCUUUCAGUUUCUGCCGCAAGACCCAUCUAAAGUAAUGGUUACUUCUGCUGACUCUCAUGUCAGAAUCCUAGAUGGCAUCAAUGUGAUCGGCAAGUACAAAGGCCAGCGAAAUGCAGGAAACCAUCUCUCUGCCACUUUCACCUCAGAUGGGAAGCAUAUUAUCUCUGCAUCUGAAGAUUCUAAUGUCUACGUAUGGAACUGUGACAUUCUCAAAGAUGAUUAUGUUUCGCAACCUAAAGUGGUGAGGUCAUCUGAGUUCUUCUCUAGUGAUGUCUCCAUUGCAAUACCUUGGUCCGGCUUGAAAACUGUAAAUCCAGAUAAUGGAUGGCACUCUGGAGGAGGACUAAGUCAAACUCCAAAUAGCCUAUUACCCUUCAUGGCCUCUCCCUAUCUUUCCUUGGGCCGUGAAUUGUUCCUUGAGGCAAUUCCAAAGGGAUCAGCAACCUGGCCUGAAGAGAAGCUUCCCGUGUCAAGUCCUCGGUCCGUGUCUUCUCGGAUGUGCAGAUCUGAAUACAAGCUUCUAAAAAGUUCUUGCCAGAGUUCAUCCAAUUCUCAUGCUUGGGGUUUAGUUAUUGUCACUGCAGGCUACGAUGGGCGAAUAAGGUCAUUCCAUAAUUAUGGAUUGCCUCUGCCACUUUGACGAGUAGUGAUGUAAAGGGGGUUUCUGGAACUGGAAGUUAUCUCCUCUUUUGGGAGAAUUUACAUUGUGGCUUACUUGAGAACACAACAAUUUUCCCCUAGGGCUUGCAGGGAAGGAUUCAACAGUUCAUGUUGCAAUUGCUUACGCAAUGAGAAAUGAUGUUUGACUAGCCCCUCUAGAUAUUUAAUAGCAUGUCCAAAGAUAGGUGGUUGUGUGCCGUGCUCUUGCCACUAAUUGGUAAAUAUCCUCUGACUUGGUUCUGGAGAUAUCUUCUAAUUCUAACUUACUGGAGAUGUCAUAUUUGCUGCAAAUGGAAGGAAUGUUACCUGCACAAGUGGAGAUAAUAUUUAUAUAAAUAUAUCCUGUAUUACCGAGGGACCUUGUAGAGGAGCCUCUUUCUUUUGUUCUCUGCGUGAGACUGGGAAAAAGUGUGGUGGCUGAAAUUUUCUUUGAGGAAUUGUGGAGAACAUCGUCUUUUAUGGUAAGUUGGCUGAUCAGAAUGAUUGACUAUUGUCCGUCAUCUGGUUCAUUGAAGACGGGAUUAACCACAUCACGGCUGUGAGAAGGCUAGGGUGGGCAGCUUGUUGGAGCAUUGGUUUUUAGCUGCGUAAUUUUACCUGAAUCCGAGUUAGUACCAAUGUGAUAAUGCUUUCAGGCAAGUGUGCUCUCUCUACUGUAAUAGCAGGCUCCUCUUUUCUGGUAAAGUGAGAAUUAGAGGGGUAUGCCAGUGACAUUGGGGUUACACUAACAUAUAGGUGGCAUUUCCAAUUUAUAGCUUUAAAAUAGAUUAGUAGUGUCACAGUCUAUGAUUCAACACAUAUGAAAUCGACACACAGUCACUUUGUUGUUAGUUAUGUACAAAGUAGUUAGUUAGUGUAUAUGCUUUGUAUAUGCAGUGAGCUAAGUGCUCUCCUACAAAGUCAAAAAUCAAAAUAACACCAACUGAACCUUGUGUUAAGGUUCAUCAAUUUUUGGUAUCCAAAUAUUCUCGUUGAACAACUUCCUGCUUAUUGUUUUUUUUUUUUUCGCCAGUACUUAGGUGAAUAUGAACAGGCUAUCGUGUAUGAUGUAAUUAAUAAUUGAGAUUCUUGCCAA